AUGCUUGGUAAAAUCGCUCUCGAAGAAGCCUUCGCGCUUCCCCGCUUCGAAGAGAAGACGCGCUGGUGGGCCAGUCUAUUCUCCGUCGACCCCGAAACCCACGUCAAGGAGAUCACCGACAUCAACAAGCUGCGCAUCGAACAUGCCGACAAAUACGGUGUGGGGUACCAGAUCCUCUCCUACACAGCCCCCGGUGUCCAAGACAUCUGGGAUCCCGUUGAAGCCCAAGCCCUAGCCGUUGAAAUCAACGACUACAUCGCAGAGCAGAUCCGCGACAAGCCCGAUCGCUUUGGCGCAUUUGCAACCCUCUCCAUGCACAACCCCCAAGAAGCCGCCUCUGAGCUCCGCCGCUGCGUCCAAACCUACGGCUUCAAAGGCGCCCUAGUAAAUGACACCCAACGCGCCGGCCCUGACGGCGACGACAUGAUCUUCUACGACAACGCCUCCUGGGAUAUCUUCUGGCAAACAUGCACGGAACUCGACGUCCCUCUGUACUUGCACCCUCGCAACCCCACCGGCACCAUCUACGAGAAGCUCUGGGCAGACCGGAAAUGGCUCGUGGGUCCGCCGCUCAGCUUCGCGCAGGGCGUCAGUCUGCAUGUUCUGGGGAUGGUCACGAACGGCGUGUUUGAUCGUCACCCCAACCUACAGCUCAUCAUGGGUCAUCUAGGUGAACAUGUGCCGUUUGAUAUGUGGCGCAUUAAUCAUUGGUUCGAGGACCGCAAGAAGUUGUUGGGAUUGGCGGAGACGUGUAAAAAGACGAUUCGGGAGUACUUUGCUCAGAAUAUCUGGAUUACGACUUCUGGGCACUUUUCGACGACCACGUUGAACUUCUGCAUGGCGGAGGUCGGGGUCGAUCGCAUUUUGUUCUCGAUUGAUUAUCCGUUCGAGACGUUUGAGGAUGCGUGUGUUUGGUUUGAUGGCGCGGAGUUGAAUCUUUCCGAUAAGGCUAAGAUCGGGAGGGAUAAUGCGGCGAGGCUAUUCAAGUUGGGGGCGUUUAGGGAUUAUGAUGCGAAGGUUAAGGCUUAG